UUUCCUUCAGUUCCUUUUCUUCUCUUUGCAACUGCAUUAAUGGCCACCAUGCCUCUGCUACAUGAACUACAUGAUGAGUUGUGAACUUUGAGACUUAUCUUGGUGUGUCACUUUGAUUAAAACUGUCUUAUUACUGUAUCUUCUGGACUAUAAGAUGCUUUUUGUUUGCUUUUUUCUGGAAGUUGUAACAUGCCACUUGCUGGAGUAUUUACAGUAGACGUGCUACUCCAGCACUUUUUUAUAAGUAGCACAAAUGUUGAUGUGACUUUUUUUUCUUAUUGUCUGUAUUUGUUUUAGCUUACAUUCGAACGGCUGCUUAUUAUCAAUAUUUUCCGAACUCGUAGUUGCAGCCAAACGGAUACAGAGUGUUUACGAGAGGCGCCGGGAGGUAGAGCGGCAGAGGAGGGGGGGUGAAAUAGUGAAGGAGAGAAGGGGAGGCAGGGUAAGAGAGAUGGAUCGAGAGAGUUGGUCUGGUCUCUGCCUGCUUUAUUCAUACAGAUGUUUCUCAUUAGUGAGACUUUAAAGCUGUUUUUUUUUUUUUAAACAUGAUGGUGGGUGUGUGCUGCCCUGCUCUCUGUCUCAGCUCUUAAGUCUCAGUUUGUGUGUAGAUCAGGUCUGAGAUAGGAGCAUAAAUUCUCUGCAAAAAAAAAAAAAGAAAAAAAAAAAAAGAAAAAGCGGCACAUAAACUCAGAGCUCUUAAACCCCUGGGCUUCAUGGUUGAGUUGCGGGUUGAUAGGUGUGUGUGUGUCUGUGUGUCUGUGUGUGUAUGAUGGACAUGCUGGAUUAUGUUGCCUGUGCUGGAGCUGCUCUGCUCCCCUUCGCUGGCCUCUCGUGUGCCCCGCCGUUUGUUUUACCUCUCUUUUGUGUGUGUGUGUGUGUGUGUGUGUGGAGGACAAGGAUGAAAAGCUUGCCGCCAGUGUGCCGACAGCAGCGUGCAGUGCAAACAAAACCUGCUAACAUCGUUCCUCCUUCUCAGCUCCACUCCUCUCACAUUUUAUACCACACUACCCACUGUGAAUUUGUGGAGUAGAAGGGAACUAAGCCCGUCUUUCAUCACCUCUCCUCCUCCUCCUCCUCCUCAUCUUUCUCUUUCACUCUAACCCUCUGCCCGUCGUCCACUUUUUCACCGGCCCUCCUCCCUCACUUUGCCUCCUGGUUUUGGGUCAGUUGGAUGAAUAAAGCUCAGAGAGAGGGAGGGAAAUGGGGAAGGCAGGGCCUCUGGAGCCGGAGAGUUGAUUUCUCUGGCAGAGGAAGACUAGUGCGAUCCCUCGGGGGCUUUACACAAAAGAGGCUCGUUCCUCCCGAACGCUCCGCUCUGACCUCCUGCCCCUCUCACACUAGCCUUUGCUGCGUCCGAAACGUGAUUACGGAAGACACAGAGGGAGAGAUUUAACCCUUUCAGACCUGAAUUGCAGCCUGUUCUCAGCACACAUGCAUAGAAUGGAAUAUGAGAUGUUGGUCCAUAAAAGUGUUGGUACUAUUAGACAUAGAAUAAACUAUGAAACUUACACUUAAAGAUUUACUAAAUCAAUUAUUUAAAGGCUGAAUCUAUGGUCUGAGGAGGAAGCAGCCAUUUUUGCUGGCAAUUGCGUCAGGGAACUAUAUUGCCAGUGCUAGCAAAUUGUUCUCUAAGCAAGUACCCACUCAGAACAGAUUGCGUGUGGAAGUCGUCUAUGAUUACACCUUUAUGCCAUGUGGAUUUGACUUUAGAUGGUAAAAUGAGAGCUUGAAAUGAGAGAGGGAAAAAAAGAGUUUGCUUUGGCUCUCUUGUGUAGUUUGUCACUUUUGACUCUGAUUCCAGACCCUCGAGCUUCUCAGAGCCAAAAGUACAACUUGUAUAUUUAAGUUCCUGGUUAUUCAAAAAGGUUUGCUGGUUCCAUAAACCAGAACCUUGAUGGGAAAGGUGAAUCUAUCAUCACUCUGUUCACCGCAAACAAAGAUGGUGGAUUGAAAGCCGAUCUAUACCAAGCAUACAGUGAGCAACUAACUAUCAAUUCUUUCUUUAAAUUCUUGCAGUAGUUUGAUGAUAAAAGGGAAGACCAACUGGAACUUGUUGGUUAGCCCUACAUGGUUAGCCCUGACUGGGUUCAAAGCCUGGCUCUAAACCUUCGCACCAGACACAUGCGGAUUCUUAACCUACAAUACAAUAAAUGCUGAGUUUCUUCUGGAGAAGUUCUGUUUUGUUCUCACUCUUCCUCGAAUCCGACGGUGCUCCUGAACAAACACAGAGUGUCACUGCAUUUCGCUGAGGCAUUCGCUUGCACCAGAGAGAGACUUUGGUAUGUUCAGAGAGGGGUUGUGUUGCAGGUCUAGUGGAAAAUCUGAGCCGAAGUGAAAGCAGGAACGGCGUCCUGCUCCUCCUGUGCGGUAAAUAAGUUGUGUGUGACAGCGUCGUAGCUGUCUGCUUGACUGACAGGCAAAAAAAGAACAUAUCUGCAAAAGCUUUCAUUACCAUCAGACCAGGCAUGUGGGGUGUGGCGCUAAGAGGAAAACGUAUUUCUCUGAUUUCCCGACAACAUUUUCUGAAGAUCAUUUUAUUGAUUUCAGAAGUAAACAAGUAGAACAAGACAGUUCUGUUGUCUCCUUAUUGUCCUUGCUUCUUAGAUGUCAGAGCACCGUGUGUGUGCUAGCGUGUGUUUGUGUGUCUAAGCCUGAGUGGGAUUACUGGACGAGCUAGCUCAGUGUGUGUUGUUUGUCCUGGAAAGCUGGGGUUUAUUAAGAGUUAGCCUCAAUCCGACAGCCACCAACAGACAUGUUCGCUGGGCUGGAGUCCAGGAGAGAGAGAUGGAUAGAUGGAGAGACAGAGAGAUAUGAAGUGAAGAACUUGCUUAAGCUUUUGGCUCUUGUUUCUGGAAUUCGGUUACUCUUUUUUCCUCACCUUGUUUUUUCCUCUCACACUCUUUCAUUGGUAUUACAGUAUCUACAAUUUGGACUGGAUGAUUAAAGGUUUCAGGAGAAUCUACUUUGAGUGGUUUGACCUGAUUAAAUAUUUGUUUAGAUAUUUAUGGAAGUCGAAAAGGGUCAAAACUUGUUGAGUUUUGAGGUAACACACUGAUGAGGCUUUUAGAUGUAUUAUGGAUCAGUUCAUUUAACAUUUUUUAACUGGACUAACUUUAGAAUAGUUAGUCGAAAGACAACAAAAAAUAUGUGAUGUGAAAUAAUUCCUCUAGUUUCACCUCAGUUUCACCUUUCUCCUCAGAAAGUAUGCAGGCUAGUGUUGAUAUAUUGACGUAUUGAUGUUGUCUAGCUGUGUAGCAACGUGGUAGUUUUCUGAACAAUGUACUGUAUACUUGUUAUUUGAAAGAUGAAUUUUCAUCACAGAUUUCAAAACAUUGUUUGAGUGAAUGUCCAUACUGUUAUGAAUAACAUUUAUAAGUACUUCAGGCAAACCACGGUGAUGUCAUAUGCAUGGUUAAGUGCAUAAUCGUUGUUGCUAUUGGAUACCAUAGUAAAACUGUGGCUAUGUUAUAGGUAAUUAUGUAAAGACUGUAAGGGACAGUUCCCAUUAAUCAUCACCAUAAUAAACCCAUAUUAAUAUGGUGGGUUAACAUUGUGCUAAAUGGAGUUUUCAUAAACGACAACGGUAGAAUUAUGGUAGUAUCGUGGUUCAGAGGUUGGUAACCAUAGUUACCAUAAAGUCCUGUAGUAAACAGUGAUUUUUCAAGAUAAUGAGAUGGAAACAAUUCUGAAUGACUAGUUUUGCUAGGGUUUAGUAAAACGUGUCUGAGAAACAGGAAAUCAUUAUGAGUGUGUGUGUGUGUGUGUGUGUGUGUGUGUGUGUGUAGGUAGGAUGAAGGUAAGCGACUGGGUUCUAAGAUAUUAGCGAUGGCAUGUGUGUGUGUGAACCGUGCAGGAGUGCAGUGAAAGGUGAGAGCAGGGGGGCGGUAAACACCAAGCUCCACACACGCUUCCUCUGCAUGGCUAAAUUUACUCCAAGGGGUCUCAUUAAUCGGUGCUACAGCAAGCUGAUCCAGGAACAGCCUGAUUACAUGCUGCUCAGGGUUACAGGGUGUCGAGCUGAUCCAGAAACACCUUCCUGCUCUCACACAUCUCAGAUUCCCCCUCGUUCUCUGUAGACUGCAGAGUGACUUUUGGUAUGAGGGCUAGUAUAAGCUAUACCGUGCAGUAAGGGACCUGGAGCUAGCGGAAAAAAUGGGGCACUUCAGAGACCUGCUCCUUCAUUCCUUCGGUUGUUUGGGUUAGCCAAGGAGGAAAGGGCAGCACAGGAAAUGACAUCAUUCCUCGGAGGAAAACGCGCAGGCUCUUUUUGGGCAGGGCCCUUUUGGUGGCCUCUGCGAAACGGAAAGAAAACAUUUAGAGAAAAACGACACAAAGCAAAGCUAGAAUGAGAGUUUUUUAAGGAGCGACGCUUGAAAAAAGAGAGGCGUCUCUCUAAUUUCAGAGGCUCUUUGCUGCUUUUCUGCUUCAAGGCAAGGCCUCUUUCAUUACUGCCCACUUCCUCCCUCAGCACUGCAGCCAAGCUCUGUGUGUGUGUGUGUGUGUGUGUGUUGCACUGGGGUUUUGGCUGGCCGCUGCUCGCCUCGUGUCAUUAUGCUGCCCUCGAACGGUCCAGAGAGAGAGACAGAGAGAGCGAGAGAGAGAGAGAGAGAGAGAGAGAGAGAGAGGGAUGGAAGGAAUGAGAGGGCCUUUGAGAGGGCCAUUAAAAGGGAGGAGAAAAGCCACUACUGAGAGAAGACUUUUUGAACCAGCGAGUUCUUUUUAACCAUGAGUGCGUUCGUGUGGAGACGACAGAUUCGGCCCCCAGGAAAUGGAUCUGACCGCACGGCCACAAUACGAAUAACAUUCGUCCCUCACUCAUCCCUCAGUUUACGCAGCGUGUACAGAGCGAGAUGCCUGGGUUUCUUUCCCUGUCGCCUCUGAGACAUCGGCUUUAAAUGUUCUACGUUGUACAUAGAUGAUGAUCACAUUCCUAGAGUGUGUGUGUGGGUGUCGUUUCUCUUUCAUCAACCCUCCCACAAAAAUUGUUUUCACCGAAAACAUGCUCGCACAAGCUUUACACGAAAAAUGAGACAGUUUUGAAGGAGGCGUUAUUUCAGUCGCCAUGACAACAAUUCAAGUCAGAUAUUGAAAUAAGUGUUGAGCAGAAGAUUUGUGAAGAAAAUUAAAUAUUGUUAGGUGGAGUUAUGUUGACAAUGCUAACGCUAGCACUAGGGUUAAUGCUAGGCUUCCUUUGAGCAUCUUGUACAUCAUCAUCAUCAUCAUCUUCUGUGAUGAUGCGGUUAGACGGUGAAGGAUUUUAACCUCAAAUAUGCUGCUAAAUCCACAAACUUCUAGAUGUAUAAAAUCGUUAUUAUUUUUACACCCUAUAUUAAUAACUAACCACAGCUGGAUUUUAAAAAGCACCGACUCCUUCACGUGUUGGUCUAAAAGAUGCGUCAGUUUUAAAAAAUACUCUUCUGUUCUGUCUUAAUUCGCCUCAUUCAUUCAUUUGAGGACCGAUAGGCUUGGUUGUGACUUCCUUUGAGGCUUUUCAUACACACCCACAUACAUACACACACACACACACACCCAUACACACACACCCACACACACACAUACACACACACACAGACACGCACACACACAUACACACCCACACACACAAGUGCACAGGUCUCCAGGCUGUCUGGUGUCUCUCUCCUAUGUUGAUGGAGAAUGAAUGGUUGUGGUUGCACACAUUAUAAUUAAUAGUCGUCAUUUAGAAGGGAAGGAAAAAAGAAAACAAAACGAAGCCACAACAAUGUAAGUGUCUCCACUCGACUGGCAUGACUGGUUGUCUGAUGCCACACACACACACACACACACACACACACACACACGAGUGUGCAUGCUCGGUUCCCACGGCGAUUGCUAACAUCCUGGACUUGGAACAAUGGUGCUGGUUGUUCCAUUCUGUGUGUGUGUGUGUGUGUGUGUGUGUGUGUGUGUGUGUGAUUCUUUCUGUGGUGGACAGCGGGCGGCGAAUAGGUUGAUGACAUCACUGAUUGUUUAUAUUAUAGUGUGUGUUUGUGUGUGUGUGUGUGUGUGUGUCUGUGUGUGUGGGGCACCAUGAGGAUGUUCUGCAAAUCCGAGUGUUACCCAACACCAUAAAAGUGUUUUAUUAGUCAUGAUUGCAUCACAGACCUUUGACCCCUGGCUUGUGAUGUCAGUGCACACGUGUGCAGAACUUGAUACACACUUAACCUCACAGUAACAAUAUUUUCAUGAUACAGAAUAUUUAAUGUGGUAUUUUUCUUAUAGACUUAGUUUUGUUAUUAAUAUCAUAGUGUCAUAUUGCUCUAGUUGUUCAGCUCAACAAAGAGAGAAAAUAAAACCCCAGACCCCCUCUCUCAUACACACACACACACACACACACUGCGCACACUGCGCACAAUAGAGGAAGAGGUGAAGUAUUUCCUGUGUGUCAAAGCCUUUUCCUGUUUUGUGUAUUUCAGUCCCGUGUGCAUCGUUCAUUGUCGCUCUUAUGUAAGGUCCCUUUCCUAAUUAGCAAUUUCCUUUAUUGACUUGUUUCCCUCUGUAGAGUUGCACACACACACACACACACACACACAGAAAGAGAGAGAGAGCUCUACAAAACAAAGCAUGAAAGUCAUAAUGCAUUUAUUUAUUGCAUUUUAAUGAAUUAUUUUAAUAUAUUAUUUUAGUCAUUUCAUAGAAAAAACCUAAGAAAUCUGAAUCAGCACCAAAUCAAUUUUUUUUAUGAUUUUAAAUUGCUAAAAUUGCCUGAAAUUUGCCUGAAAAAAUUAUUUGUCUUCAUGAUCAUAAUUUUUGAAUAAUAAAAAAACAAUUUAUACCUUAUUGCUUCUAUAGUGACAACUUACACAGGGACUUGUAUAAAUGUGUGUAAUUGUUGAUAUGGUAACAUUUUCUAAGAGGAGACAUUUAUUUAACAUUUACGGAAGGAGUCUCCAGUGUCAGAGGUAAAGCUGUAACUUUACGACAUCUUCAGGACUUUACAGUUGCUUUACACUUUCUCAGUAACAUGAUAAGCUAUGCUUUGUCUUAUUAAAGUCUAGAGAAAGAAUAAUGAAAGGCUAGUGAGGGAAUGACUGUUUAUAGCUGCUAUAACAUAAGUGAGAACAGGAACUAUCUUGUUUCACAGAUGUUGCACUACAUUAAUGUAACUAUAAAUGGAUAAAAAGUAUAUGCCCUUCGUUGUUGUGGUAGAAGAUGUAUAAAACACUUUGGUACAUACAUAGGAAAAUAAUCAACAAAGUUUGUGUGUGUGUGUUUUGUGUUGUGUGUUGGUGAGGGGGGGUGGGGGGUGUAGAGGGUUCUCUUAACACACUGCUUUGUUGUGAGAUUGUGCUAAAGGCCCUGAUGCCUGAGGAAAAGCACAAUAUUUACACACACACACACACACACACACACACACACACAAAUGAAGACAGGAGGAGGAUAUAAGUUCCUGUUUUCAGUGUACAUGUCAGAAAUAUUGGUGUGUGUGUGUGUGUGUGUUGUGGUCAAACAGAGGCAAGCAGAACAAAAGUAAUCCCCACUGACCUCUGACCUCCUUCACCCAGCACCUCCCCCCAGCCCCCAACACACACACACACACACACACACACAGAAACACAUACUGUCACUUCCUACAUAACAUAGCCAGACUGUGUCUAAUCAAUAAGCACAGCUUAUUGCUUAUGUGAAGUGUGUGUGUGUGGUGUGUGUGUGUGUGUGUGUGUGUGUGCAGUUAUCCAGAGUUUGUGGAGUCAGACAGAACUAAUCAUUAACUUUUCCAGACUGCACACUGUCUCCAGUCUCGUGUUAAUCAGCAGCCUCCAACCCCCAUCUGUCUCUCUCUCUCUCUCUCUCUCUCUCUCUCUCUCUCUCUCUCUGUGUCUCUCUCUCUAGCAAAAUGUUAUCACUUUGUGUGGACUUUAAAAAGGUUGUAUACUUGAAUCUCCUUAAAAGGGAAGAGUUUGCCCCUGACCCACUGUGUGUGUGUGUGUGUGUAUGUGUGUGUAGCACAAUGACCAAAGGGAGCCGCUGUAGGCAGACGUAGUGUCGUUACCUGAGGCUAUGCGUCUACACUAGGGAUUUAAACUUCACACAGCGCUGUGUGUGUGUGUGUGUGUGUGUUGUCUUCACACUGAGUUGUAGAAUAAAGUCAGGAGGGGAGACAGACAGGGAGGGGGGUCUUUUUUAUUCAGAACAACAGACGUGGAAGGAUCUCAGGGUCUUGAAGCACUCCAGACGAAGCUACAAAAGAGACAUGGAACAGGACAAGAAGCCACCCACCUCCCUGUGUGUGUGUGUGUGUAUGUGUGUGUGUGUGUGUGUGUCCGUCCUCAUGUUGCAGGCUCUAUUUUGGGAGCCUCUUUGCGCCUGGCUGUCACCGUGUCAGUUGGGUUGACACCGGGGCCACCCGGCCUACCGCCACCACGACGCCACACACACACACACACACACGGAAUUACCUGUUCACACACAUAUCAGAUGUCUUUUUUUUGCAUCCAAAAAAUUUGUUUUAAUCAUAAAAUGAAUGAAUGAAUGAAUGAAUAGAUUUUAAAUGCUAUUAAUAUUCAUAAAUAUUAAAUUAUCUUUUUCGAUUUCAAAAAUGAUCACUUACAAGAAUUAAGUUAUAAAAUACCAUUUCAAAAUACCACAAAAAAAUUUCAAGAAUAUUUAAUUUUAUUUGUCAUUUCUUCUGUGACCCAAGCGCAAAACAUUAUAUUUUAUUUUUAAAAAAUAUGUAUAUCAAUUUAUAUUAAUUCUAGGUGUUCGGUGAUUUUAAUAAUUGAUCAUUUUAGUAACUGUUGAUUUUAAUAAUUUACAUCAUUUUAUUUACACAAUUUUGUUUUAGUUAUGAGAACAUUGGCUCAUCAAAAGUCCUGGUGGUGACGGGUUCCCAUAAUGCACUGUGGGUUUACAUACGUUUACUUUAAUGUUCAAAUGCUGGUGUAAUGAAAUAAAGCAUAAAGCUAUUAAGUUUCAUAUGAACCACUAAUUAGCUGAUUAGCAAACUGGUGAAGUUGCUAGCUACUGAAUAAGCUAAUACUCUUAAACACUGAUGUAUGGGACACACUCGGUUUCUUCUCUUCUCAUGCUACGUGCUUGGGCUCGAGCGUUAGCUGGCUAGUUUUGUAUUUAGUUCCUAAACAAUCAACAUAGAUGACAGUGUGACAUGAGUUAGUGUGUGUGCAGACUUUUCUGAGUGUGUGUUGUAUAAGAAGUUGAGUGUUAUCCUGUAAAAGGACACUAAGCUGGCUGAUGAAUGCUUUAGGCUGUUUGUGUGUGUGUGAGAGAGAGAGAGAGAGAGAGAGAGAGAGAGAGAGAGAGAGAUAAAUAUCACAGUGGUUUCAGGCUGUGAUGACAAGCCCAGACAGGCAGCUAUAUAAUGACCCCAGACGCCACGUCUCCCUCUCUUCCUCCCUCUCUCCCUGUCUCUGUGCAAUAACAAACAGCAGGGUGUCCCAAUGCCCACGCUCGAGCUGACACACACGGGGUUGGGAAGAAGAGAAAAAAAAGAAAGAAAGAAGAAGAGAGACACUUUAGGAAGCAUUUAAAAUGCACCAAGGAGAAUAGUUUCCUUCUUGUCGUUUUUUUUAUCCCCCCCCUCUCCCUCCCUCUCUCGCUCCUAAUGAAGGCUGGGGAUGGUGUAAUGACAGAGGCCGUCAGUGAUAAAGCGCCAGUGCCUGAUCAGAGCUCAGCCAAAUUACUGCCUGCGCUCUCCCUCCUCUCAGAUGAAAGGAAGCGAAUGAGGGAGGGAGCGAAGAAAAAGAGCCCAAAUGAAGCAGGGAUGCUGGGAGUUCCAUUCCUCCUUUUUAUUUAUUUAUUUUUUUUGUGGACUCCCUCAGUUUUAACCCACCAGGUCAUACAGCCAGAGUAAAUUCAAUUCAAUUAUAUAUAUAUAACUAAGAAAAAACAAAGAAAACGCCUCCUGAACUCAGAAUUCCUACUCAGGAACUCAAGACAGUCUCCUCAACCCAGAGUUCAGCAAGUGACAUCAUAGACAACAGCAUCAACAGUAAAAAAAAACUUCUUGCUUUUAAACAAGUUACGCACGGAGCUCGAGCAUCGAAAGUGACGUAAUUCCGAGUUUCCGAGGUCAAAUGCAGUGUAACAUCAAGAGAAAGUCAGAGAAUGAUGUUUAGUUGCUAUAACGUAAGUGGUAACAGGGACCAACUUUCUUGCUGUUACAUGCAGACAUAUGUAACUAUAAAUGGAUAAAAAGUAUGAUGUAUUUUUUGUUAUAAAUAAAAAAAACUGUUAUAGGAGACAGAAACACUUUGGGGAAGUUGACAUGCAGAAAUAGCAGAACUAGCACAGAAAGUAAACUAAGAAGAAAGUAAAGAAAAAAGAAAAGACUCCCUCUGUUUCUCCCCCCCUCCUGUGCUUUCCCGUUGGCUUGUUGCUGCUUGGAGCCAGAGUUCUGUGGGAUUGAGAUAUGGAGAGACGGAGAGACAGAGAGAGCGAGAGAGAGAGAGAGCGAGAGAGCGAGGGAGAGAGAGAGAGAGAGAGAGGCUUGAGGCCAUGUUAAGGGGGGAGGAAACUGGAGCCGGCGUGGCUCUGAUAGUUUUUUCCCCUCGACUCCGCUCAGGGAAAUCCACAAGAAGUGAGCUCUGUGUGUGUGUGUGUGUGUGUGGGAUAGAAAAAGCCAGUGAGAUCAAUGUGCUAUGCUAGGACACAUUCCUCCUUCCACUCUGUUCAGUGUUUCAGCCUAGCACACUCGAGCAAAUCUUCUCCUGUAUUAAAGGAAUACUCAGGAGUUUUUUAACUUUAUCUCGAUCGAGUGAGUUUGCAGCUUGUGUGUGAUUACAACACGAGAACUUUGACAUGUUUUACCAUCAUCUGAAAAGAAGUGAUGCAAAACAGUGGCAGUCUAGGGGCAGCUGUUGAAGUCAUUGAACAAAGACUCAAGCAAGACAUCUAUUCAUGAAUCCUUAAAUCAGAGAUGUUUGUGGAAUGUUUGAGGCUAAACUUUCAGGAAAGUGUAACUAAAUAAUACAUUUGUUUAUUAUUAUAUCGCUUUGUACAGCUUUCUGAGGUUGUAUAACAUUUUAGUAAGACUUUCUGUCAAAUCCGUCUCAUCUUUUGCUCAGAGUGUAAAGUUUGUAGUUUGAAAUUUGCGUUAAAUAUUAGCACAUUUUAAACGUUUAUUGACCAACCGCAUCAUCUGCCCUUAGACUUCUAUUAGAAGUGAGAUGGGAGUUUUUCGGUUCUUUUCUCCGCGCAGGGAAAAAAUUUUCAUCCAUGCUGAUUAUACAUGGUGGCUGGAUAUCAGGUUAAAAAGAAAACUGAGAUUUCCUUUAACGGUUGAUGUUCUUUCUCAGUAAGUUCCUGGCACUUUUUUUUUUAAUACGUAAGCCAUCCUCACUCCUGAAUACAGAUGAAGGCGGUUCACCGCGGUUUCUUUUCUUUCUUUUUUUUACGCCGUUAGCAGUGUGCACAGCUACACACAGGAGAUGAGCAGCACAUCCAGUGUAAACACGUCUUGAUGACGGCUCGCACAUCUCCCAGUUCCUCGACAUGCAUUCUUCACAUUCCUGCAGCGUUUCCUCCCUGACGCUGAAAUCAAGGAUCCGAGGGAUGUUUGGCACCGGCCCGGAAUCCGGUCCCGGGGGCGAGGGGGUGGGACCGCGAGGGGUUUCUCAGAUUCAGAUUCGGAUACGGCAUGCGUGUGUGAGGAGUGUGUCGGUGGUGGAAUGCGUUCUAUCUUGGUGCGGAGAUUACACACGUUCUUCCUCUUCUUUCUAUUCCCAAGGUCUUCAGGAGUGUGGCGAGCGCGAGCACUGGUGUGUGGUGGCGUACUGGGAGGAGAAGACGCGCGUCGGCCGCCUCUAUUCGGUCCGCGAGCCAUCGCUGGACAUCUUCUAUGACCUACCUCAGGGCACGGGCUUCUGCCUGGGCCAGCUGUGCUCGGAGAGCCGCAGCGCACUUGUACACAUGGUGCGGCCCAAAAUCGGUUACGGCAUCCAGCUGAGCCGCGAGGCCGACGGCGUGUGGGUGUACAACCGCAGCCGAUACCCCAUCUUCAUCAAAUCAGCCACGCUGGACGACCCUUCAUCACGAACGCUGCUUGUGCACAAGGUUUUCCCCGGGUUCUCCAUUAAAGCCUUCGACUACGAGAAGGCCAAGAGCCUGCAGAGACCCAACGACCACGAGUUCAGCCAUCAGCCGCGUGCCGGAUUCACCGUGCAGAUCAGCUUCGUCAAGGGCUGGGGUCAGUGCUACACCAGACAGUUCAUCAGCAGCUGCCCAUGCUGGCUCGAACUCAUCUUCAAUAACCGAUAGCCACAAGCCCCGCCCACUUCCCCCUUCCUCUAUCGCCAUGGACACGGACUGGCCCAGACCUCGUUUGGGACUAUUUGCUAUUUUCUGUUUUUUUGUGACAGAGUGAGAAAAAAAGUUCUCCAGAAGAUUUUACGAGAGAAGAAAAAAAGAAAGAAAGGAAAACCCAUGACGGGUUUUUAUUAAAGACUUUAAAAGAUUUAAUUAAGUGAAAUAAAAGUUAAAAUGUAUUGUUAUAUAUAAAUAUAUUAUUACUUGUAAAUACGAAGACGUUUUAUAUGCAUCGUUAUUUAUGUAUUGUGCAGUGUGUUGAUAGAAAUAGAAAAGAUGCACUUUGCUUAAUAUAAAUGCACACCGGAGAAAUGCCAAAAUUAAAAAAAGUAACAAAUCUAA